CACGGAAGAGGUCAGUGGUCAUCAAAGGGAGGCCUGCAAAGAAACAUCCACAAACUCUGGACCCCAUUUUCAUGCUUCUUGAGGAGAACAUUGUGACAUUUGUGAAGAAGGAGUUGAAGAAGUUCAAGCGAGUUUUAGAAAGUUCAGAACGCCUAGAGGGGCUGAAAGAAGAGGAUGAUUCUCUGGAAGGUGAAGACGAAGAGCAGGGAAGCAGCAACAGAGAUGCAUUUCUGACACUCACACUCAACUUCCUGAGGAACAUGGAGCAGGAAGAGCUGGCUGACUCUCUACAGAGCAGAAGUCUUAUUUCGAUUUGCCAACGUAAAGUGAAGUCUAAACUGAAGGAAAGGUUUCAGUGUUUGUUUGAAGGAAUUGCUAAAGCAGGAACCCCAACAUUUCUGAAUAGUAUCUUCACAGAACUCUUCAUCACAGAGGGGGAAGGUACAGAGGUCAAUGAUGAACAUGAGGUCAGACAGGUAGAAGCUGCAUCCCGAAAAUCAACCAGUUCAGAAACAACAAUUAGACAUGAGGAUAUUUUUAAACCUUUACCUGGAAGAGAGACACCAGUCAGGACUCUGGUGACAAAGGGAGUGGCUGGCAUUGGGAAAACCGUCUUUACGCAGAAGUACAUCCUGGACUGGGCUGAAGGCAAAGCCAACCACAAUAUACAGUUUAUCUUUCCAUUCACUUUCAGAGAGCUCAAUUUGCUGAAAGCAGAAAAAUACAGCUUGGUGGAACUUCUUCAUCACGUCUUUACUGAAACCAAAGAAGCAGGAAUCUGCAGGUUUGAUGAGUUCCAGGUUGUGUUCAUCUUUGACGGCCUGGACGAGUUUCGACUUCCCCUGGACUUCCAAAACAAUGAGAUACUCACUGAUGUUACAAAGCCAACUUCAGUUGGAGUGCUGCUGACAAACCUCAUUAGAGGUAAGUUGCUUCCCACUGCUCGCCUCUGGAUAACAACACGACCUGCAGCAGCCAAUCAGCUCCCUCCUGAGUGUGUUGACAUGGUGACAGAGGUGAAAGGCUUCAAUGACCCACAGAAGGAGGAAUACUUCAAGAAGAGAUUCAGAGAUGAAGGGCAUGCCAGCAAAAUCAUCUCCCACGUCGAGGCGUCAAGAAGCCUCCACAUCAUGUGCCACAUCCCAGUAUUUUGCUGGAUCACUGCUACAGUUCUGGACCACGUCUUGAAAAACAGAGAGAGGGCAGAGCUGCCCGAGACCCUGACUGAGAUGUACAUCCACUUCCUUGUAGUUCAGACCAAACAGUGGAAUGUAAAGUAUCAUGGAAGUGCGGCAACAGAUCAAGUCUGGACAACAGAAACCAAGGACACCGUUCUCACUCUGGGGAAACUGGCUUUUGAGCAGUUGGAAAACGGAAACCUCAUCUUCUAUGAAGCAGACCUAAAAGAGUUUUGCAUUGAUAUAAAAGCUGCAUCAGUCUUCUCAGGAAUUUUUACAGAGAUCUUCGAAGAUGGCUUUGGACUGAACCAGGACAAGAUGUUCUGUUUUGUCCAUCUGUCCGUUCAGGAGUUUUUUGCUGCACUCUAUGUCUUCCUGACAUUCAGCAACACUGGCAUUGAUCUCCUGAAAAAAAGGCGAUUCCCCUCAGUGCAGAGUGUGCCAUUACAACGUGAUUUUCACUUCACUCUCUACAAGACUGCAGUGGACAAGGCUUUAGAAAGUCCAAAUGGACACCUAGACUUGUUUGUCCGCUUCCUUCUGGGCCUUUCACUGGAAACCAAUCAGAAACUCCUACAAGGCUUGCUAAAAAAAGGGGAAAGUAAACAAGAAGUCAAAGGGAGGCUGGUGCAGUACAUCAAGAACAAGAUCAAGGACAGUCCUCCAGAGAGGAGCAUGAAUCUCUUCCACUGUCUGAAAGAGUUGAACGACAGUUCACUAGUGGAGGAGAUCCAGCAGUACCUGAGAUGCGGGAAUGUCUUUGGAAAGAAUCUCUCGCCUUCACAGUGGUCAGUGCUGGUUUUCAUCCUUAUGUCAUCGCAAAAGGAUCUGGACGUACUUGACCUGAGGAAAUUAUUUUCUUCUGAGGAGGGUUUUCAAAGGCUGCUGCCAGUUGUCAAAGCAUCCAACGUCGUUCUGUUGAGUGGCUGUAACCUCUCGUCGAGAAGUUGUGAAGCUCUGGUCUCAGUUCUCACUUCCAAGAACUGUAGCCUGAGAAAGCUGGACCUGAGCCACAAUGACCUGCAGGAUGGAGGAGUUAUGCUGCUCUCAGCUGGACUGAGGAGUUCACACAGUAGACUAGAGAUUCUUGGGCUGUCAGGCUGCAUGGUCAGAGAGAAAGGCUGUGAGAUUCUGGCUUCAGUUCUGAAGUCUAACCGCUAUCUGAGAGAGAUGGAUCUGAGCUACAACCACCCUGGAGACUCAGGAGUGGCCCAGCUACAUGCUCUACUGGAUGACCCAUGCUGUGAACUGGAAACUCUCAAGAUUGACCAUUGUGGAGAGCUUCGGCUGAAACCGGCACCUCUUAGGUAUUUCUGUGACCUUUCUCUGGACCCAAACACAGCAGAAAGAAACCUCUUCCUGUGUGACAACAACAGAAGAGCGCUGGUGGUGAAAGAGAAGCAGCCGUAUCCUGAUCAUCCAGAGAGAUUCGACAGCUGGAAACAGGUGCUGUGUAGUGAAGGUCUGACUGGGCGCUGUUACUGGGAGGUCCUGUGGAAAGGAAGGGUUCAUAUAGGUGUGACAUACAGGGGAAUCAACAGGAGAGGUGACAGCGAUGACUGCUGUAUUGGAUGGAACGAUCAGUCCUGGAGUCUGCUCUGCACCGAUCAGAGUUACACGGCCUGGCACAGUAACACACCUGAAGACACAGAAAAAGCCCCCUGCGGCAAGAAGGUAGCAGUGUAUCUGGACUGGCCUGCUGGCACUUUGGCCUUCUACUGUCUCCCCUCCAUUUUCUCUUCAGACAAACGGAUCCACCUCUUCACCUUCCACUCAACCUUCUCUGAGCCCCUCUACCCCACGUUUGGGUUUGGACGAAUGCGUGAGGGUGCAGAGGAUUCAAGAUCCCCACAUCCCUCAGUUUGUCUGUCACAGAUUGAACAAUCCCCUCCUGUGUAGAACAGUAGUUCCCAAACUGAGAUGUCUUAAGACAGUACCUUAAGAAGAACAAAUUGUGUAGAAAAAGUUACCUUUAAAGCUGAAAUAAUUAAUAUGAGCUCACGGAAACAUGAGCCAGUCAAAAGAUUUUUAAAGUAAACUUUAAAGGAAACUCUUGGCAUGUGGCAUGUUGUGGAUAUAAACAAAUAAUGUGGCAAUGCUAAGUUAAAAAGCUAAAGAGAUACAAAUCCUAUUCUUAAGCCAAUAUAGAUGGUAAAAAGAGAAGCCAAGAUAAGAUACGCUUUAUACAAACAUGUGUGCACAUACACAAAUAGCAUUGAACUGUUCAAACUACAAUGACAAUAACAGAGUUGACCUGGUGGGUGUAAUUGGAAGGGUCGGUGAAGGUUUGGGUGAACCACUUAUUAAGGGGGUCUGGUUAUGGGUAAUAUCAUUCUUGAAAACAGUGUAUUUAAAAGAAAGGCAAGGAGGUAUAUUUGUCCCAAUGUAUUUAAAGGUCCUGUAUUAUGCAAAAUGCAC